AUGAAGAAUAGAGCUUCUGGAUUUUUGAAGCAUGUUAUAGAGGGUUUGAGCUCAAUGGCAAAGUCAAAAACUUUGGCUAUCAAGUCCAAAACAAACGCCAUCAAGGCCCGGUUGAUUAUAUUCUCACUUGUGAUGAACAAGAGGUAUGUGAUGAGCUCAAUUUCUCACAAGUUCCAAUCUGUUAUUGGAAAUCAUCAUCAUUCUCACCCCAAUGAAGAAUGCUUAUUGGGACAAGGCAGGGAAAAUAACAAGUCCAUCAAGGUGUUCAAUGACAACAAUGCACAAUCCUCUGAGGCUGUGAUCAAUCCUAGUGAGACCCAAGUAGUGUUGGAGGACAAAGAUGAUAAGGGUGGCUAUGAAAGUUACUACAAUUAUGGAGAACAUGAUGAUGAUUGUGUUGGUGAUGGCAAUUACUCGGAUCUUACACACACAAUGUUUGACUCGGAGGAUUUGGAUCUUGGAGGCUCUGUGAUUGACUUGGUGAAGAAUUCAAAGGAAGAGGCAGGGCAAGAGUUCAAAGUGGAAGAUGAUAUUGACCUUAUUGCUGACCUUUUUAUUAAGAAAUUCCGCAGGCAAAUUUUAUUGCAGAAGCAAGAAUCUUUGAAGAGGUACAAUGACAUGUUGCUGAGGGAAGAUGCUUGA